CAAUCGGGGUAUUUGGGCAGAGCUUCAGGUGCGGAGGAAGAAGGCGGAGCCGGGCUAGGAGACCGAAGGGGGGCUUCUCAGCCUGGUACCUGGGGGUCUCAUCACGCCUUCCUGAAGACACCUAGAACCUAACUCGCACACGCGAUGAGCAGGGAUGUGGGCACGCCUGUUGGUGACCCGUCUCUCUCGUUCCCGUGGAGUCUAGUCUCAGCGGGGUAAUGUGUGAGAUGGCCCUUGGCGCCGGUGACUUCGGAGGCCCUGUAUGUGUGAUUGUUAGACUUCGAUGCUUUCAAGUCCAUUUUUUUUUAAAUUUCCAAAAGGAGAAGCGCUGCUGAUAAAGAUUUCCUUGUUCUGACCUGAGGGAGCAGGAAUGUUUCUGGUAACUCGGUGAUGCCGUGCAGGUGUUCAAGAUGAAUCUUGAAAAACUCAGCAAACCUGAACUAUUGACACUCUUUAGCAUUCUUGAAGGUGAAUUAGAAGCCAGGGAUCUUGUCAUAGAAGCCCUAAAGGCCCAACACAGAGAUGUUUUCAUUGAGGAACGAUAUGGAAAAUACAACAUUAGUGACCCACUGAUGGCUCUUCAGAGAGAUUUUGAAGCAAUGAAAGAAGAAAAUUAUGGUGACAGGCAGCCUGUUUGCACCAGUCCUUUGUCCAUUCUGAAGGUAGUUAUGAAACACUGCAAGAAUAUGCAAGAGAAAAUGUUGUCCCAACUAGCUGCUGCAGAGAGCAGACACAGAAAGGUAAUUUUGGAUCUUGAAGAAGAGAGACAACGGCACGCCCAAGAUACUGCUGAAGGCGAUGAUGUCACAUACAUGCUGGAAAAGGAGCGAGAGCGGCUCACACAACAGCUGGAAUUUGAAAAGUCCCAAGUGAAGAAGUUUGAGAGAGAGCAGAAAAAGUUAUCUAGCCAGUUGGAGGAAGAACGUGCACACCAUAAGCAGCUGUCUUCAAUGCUUGUGCUUGAGUGCAAGAAAGCCACGGCUAAAGCUGCAGAGGAAGGACAGAAGAUUGGGGAACUAAGCAUGAAGCUGGAGAAGGAAAGAGUCAGAGUGAGCCAGUUGGAGGAGGAGCUAGCAGCCAAAAAGAAGAGGAGUUUACAAAUGGAGGCCCAAGUAGAGAAGCAGUUAUCUGAGUUUGACAUUGAACGAGAGCAGCUGAGGGCUAAACUGAACAGGGAAGAGAAUUGUACAAAGGCCCUGAAAGAAGAAGUUGAAAGUAUGAAGAAAACACUAAAGGAGCUGGAGGCUUCUUGUAAAGUUGGCAGUAACAAAGUUGAGCAUACACCACUAGAUGUCACAAUGGUAUCCGUAGCAACUGUUACAGAGUGCCUUUCAGGUAUAUCAGUUGCUUGCCAAACAGGAAGUUACUUGCCAGAGAGCAUCAGCCAGGGAAAUGCUGUCAAACAGGCACAUAUGUUAACACCCAUCUCUGCCAUCACUCCCCACCCUUAUGCCAAAGCAAACGGGCAUUGUGAUGUUAAUGUUCAAACAAAUGUGGAGCCAGCUCAACCCAGCGCAGAAAGCCCACAGAAGUGCAAGCUUGUUGGAGCAGCUGCUGAGAGUACCAUGGAAAACAGUGGCUUUUCUGUAAGAACAGAGUCCAUUUCUCCUUCAAUUCCACCACUCCCUUCCAGUGGGAUAUCCUUAUCUCCAAGCAAUACUGCUUCUUCUUCUCUGACAUCUUCCCCAUGCUCCUCCCCUGUCAUGACAAAGCGUUUGGUUGGAGCAUCAGCCAGCAGCCCCAGUUAUCAAUCUUCCUACCAGGUAGGAAUCAAUCAGCGCUUCCAUGCUGCUCGUCACAAAUUCCAGUCCCAAGCUGAUCAAGAUCACCAAUCUAGUGGCCUCCAAAGUCCUCCGUCCAGGGACCUGUCACCCACCCUUGUUGAUAAUUCUGCUGCAAAGCAGCUUGCCCGCAACACAGUCACUCAGGUUCUUUCCAGGUUCACCAGUCAGCAGGGUCCUAUCAAGCCAGUUUCUCCUAACAGCUCACCCUUUGGCACAGACUACCGAAACCUGGCAAAUGCCGUGAGCCCAAAAAGUGAAUCUAGCCCAAGCAAAGUCUCUAGUCCAUUGAGUCCAUUGUCACCUGGAAUUAAAUCACCAACCAUACCUAGAGCAGAACGAGGGAAUCCUCCGCCAAUUCCUCCAAAGAAACCUGGUCUGGCUCCUUCUCCAGCCACUCCCACUCCACCGACUAAAACCUCUCAAGCUGCUUCCCUUGGUUCUCCUGUGGACUUGGCAAGUACUUGCUCAAGCAAUGCUGUUGUAGCUAAUGGGAAAGAAAUUGAGAUCUUAUUGCCAACCAAUAGCUAGUUUCUGGGAAAAGUCAUAUUCUGAGUGUUUGCCAUUCCUCAUGCUGAAACAUUGUCUUAUCCACUCCAUGUUAUUUAUUUGGGUAGUCACAAAAAUCUGUUUGUAUAAUCCAUUCAGUGUACUUUUUGUUUCAUAAUGUGUAGAAAGUAAUACAACUUGUGUACAAACCUUUAAACACCAGAGCCUCAAAGUGUUGCCUAGCAGCAGGCACAUUGAACAAGGAGAAGCAGUUGAUUUCCUACGCUGGGAGCUAACUAGUGGACUAUGACUAUGGAACAGUUUUUUUUAAUUAUGCAGGAAAAAAUACACCGUGCAAACUUCCAUUCCAGACAGACAUUUUCUAAGAAGUGCCUGAGCUUAAGUCUGCAGAUAUGAAUGUGAUUCUCUGCAAAACCGAGAUUCUCCAGCUGCAAAAAGUAGUUUUUCUGAAUCAUGAAUGUUGAAACUAAUACUGUUCUUAAUCCUUUCCAACAGUUUGCUACAGAAAGGAAAUGUUCCAAAGGUGAUCGCUAUACCGGUCUGUUGUUUUCCUCCUAUAAAAAGAGUCAGUUGAUGUAGCUGCAUUUUCAGGUGGACUUUGGCCCCAUUGCUGAGCUUUAUGCAACUCUCUCUUUUCCUGUGUUUAAGAAAAAAUUUUGGGAGCUUUAAACAGACUACCAGUUGCUUCCAGUGAAGUAUCUGUUCCUUGAAUAUUUCUCUCCAGUAGAGGCAAAAUAAGUAAGAUGAAAUCUUGAAGUGCUGGCUAAAUUUUUAAUAUUCUUCAUGCAUUCUACUGUCAUGUGUAGAACUUCUGAUAAAGAUCUUACUAUUACUUGAAAUGAGAAAUAACUAUUCAGUUCUACACAGGUUUUUGUAUUGGAAAAGGUUGGAUCCAUUCUAGAUGAUCCAAAGCAAUAACUUAUACGUUGCUCACUAUGUAAGAAUAUUGUCUAUUGAACUGACACAGAUUUUGCAAAGUUGACAACUGUCUUCUUGGCAUCACUGUGCAAACCAAAACAUUACUUUUUACCAUGCAGAUGCAUAUAUAUGUAUGUAUAUAUAGGGAGAGAAAGGGUAUACAUGUUAAAUACACAGCACUCUUAGUGUGAUACAUUAUUGAAACACUUCAGAAAAAAAAAGAAAAUGAGGGAAUACACUUUUUAAACUACUUUUUAAAGUUUAUCUGUUUUAUUAAUGAAAUCUUGUUUUCCUAGGAAAGGUAAUCAGUAAUAUGGGCCAUUUAAAAAGGGCUAAAGCAGAAUUUUCUCCUUAUUGAACUUCCUGUGCAUUUCUUACACCUUUUUGAUAGAUGUUUCUUCUGUCUGUGAACUGAGAAUUAUGUAUUUUUUCAAAAAUGGUGCUGCUUUGCCCCAAAAAUACUUUAAGAGUGAACUCAAGUUUCAUUUUAAAAACUGAAUGUCUCUACUCUAACCUUGAGUAAAAGCAUUUCAGUACAUCCCCAGAAUUAAUAUGUAGAAACGGACACUUCAUCAUUCUUACUGUACAAACUACAGGAUCUUGUCACAACAUGAGUGCUUGCUGCUUGAGACCCUGGAUCAGGGACAGGGAAUGUGUAUCCCUCCUGAUGUUUGCUAGGCUGCAGCUUCCAUGAGCCCUUGUCACAGUUGCCCCUGGGGAAGAAUGAUAGGAUUUGGGCCACAUGUUCUCCGUUGCUGCAGUAGACCAAAUCUACUUAUAAAAAGAUAAUGUUUCUUCAGAGCAUGACUAUCAGUGGUCUAGCCUUUGGUCUUACCCUACCUAAUUUUCUUUAUAUGGAACUCCUAGAUUCAAGGAUUUUAGCAAGUAGCUGAAAUUCCUGAGAUUGCUAUUAUUAAGCACGCUGACAUUGACAUCCCCCUCUCAAUAUUUGUCAGUGUACCAGGAUUCCCCUUGGCCCUUGUACUGACCGUGUUUGAUUACUGCUAGCAGACAGAUAGGAUAUGACUCUGAUAAGCACACAGUCUCUUCAUUUGUGCAGUAUAGGUUUCAGUAACGGCUGCAUAACUGAAAGCUGGUUGAAUGGUUUUUUCUUAAUUUUGCUUUUGUAGCAGCCCUUAAAGUAUUUCCUUGUGUUUACACUAAUCCUUAUCUUUUCUUUAUGAUAUGACUCUAUAGAGAUUUAUAUACAGUAAUGAAUUUUAUUAGGAAAUGCACUGAGUACUGUAUUCUACAAUGGAUUGUGGGAAGGGAGAAAGCAAGAGGAGAUAUGUAUUUUUGCUAGUAGCCUAUCUUCUAAGAUUAAACUAAGCACAAUAUCACAAAUGGUUCCAACUAAUCCAGUAACACUUCUAGGGUUAGUAUUUAAGUUUUAUGUAGACUUGUGUGUAUAGAAACAAAAUGUUUAAUCCUCUUUGAAUCAAGUAUUGCUAGAGAGGUUUGUCACUGGCUAACAGGAUUUUAAUGACAUUCAAGCUACAUAAUCUAGUAUUAAUUUUCAUUAACAUCUGUAUAUUUGUAAAGUCAAAUGUAUGAAGCAGAAGUCUUAUCAUUUUUAUAGCUGGCAGCAUUAAACACGUUAAAUGUUCAUACUAUCAAUAAAGGGUUUUAUUUUUAUGAGUUAA